AUGGAUACUUUCUUGCCGGUCACUGAGGCCCUGGCCGAAAUUAGCAACACUCCCGUCGAGGCUCCCGGCGAUGUGGAGCUUGCUCCCGAUGCAUCCCCGGAGCUUGACACUCACGAGCAAAUUCGGCGUAAGGGCUGGAUCGAGCAAACCGCUUUUGAUUACGAAAAAUACGCCCAAAAGGACUUCACCGAUUGGGCCGGCGGUUCCGCUCGCUAUGAAUGGCAAGGAGAGUACGAAGAAGACUCCCUUGGCCCCCGCAAUGAAGAGCUUGAGAAACAACUCUUCGACGAUGCUCAUCUUCCCCGCGCUGGUCACCGCGUUGGCGAGCUUACUACUGGCUUGCAAGUUACUUGCGACAGCCAGACUAAGGUUGUUCCUGUUACCUCGUGGGAUAAUGCUGGUCUCCACCCUGUCAUGCGUGAGAAUGUUCGGCUUUGCCUCUACGACAAGCCUACUGAUAUCCAGUCCUAUGCGCUUCCUGCCAUUCGGCAGGGCAAGGAUAUGAUCGGCAUUGCCCAAACCGGUUCCGGCAAAACUGGUGCCUUUCUGAUCCCCAUCUUGUCUGACCUGAUGGGAAAGGCCCGAAAGCUCGCCGCUGCCCGACCUAAUCCGACCAUUGACUACAUCCCGGAGGUGCACGCUGUUACAGCGGAGCCCCUAGUCCUAAUCGUCUGCCCGACUCGGGAGCUGGCUUGCCAGAUUUUCGAUGAAGCCCGACGCCUGUGCUACCGUUCUAUGCUUCGUCCCUGUGUUGCAUAUGGUGGUGUGCCUGUUAAGCUCCAGCGCGAGGAAUUGAUGAAGGGCUGUGAUAUCCUGAUUGGCACCCCGGGACGCAUCAUUGAUUUUAUGCUUCAACCCAACGUUCUCUCCCUUCGCCGGGUCCGAUACACUGUCAUCGAUGAAGCCGAUGAGCUCCUCCAGGAUGACUGGGAAGACAGCUUUACAAAGAUUAUGUCCGGCGGUGAUAUGAAUGAGGAUGACGACCAUCGCUACAUGAUGUUUUCCGCCACCUUCAACAAGCAUUGUCGCAAGCUGGCCCGCACUCACCUGAUGCCGGACUACAUUCGAGUUCGCGUCGGCAACUUCGGAGCAUCCCAGCUGAUGGUUAAGCAAGACGUGCGUACAUGUUCUCUGUUGGCUGUGUUCACUGCUAACAUUUAUGUGGGAGAAAAACAGGUCGUCUUCGUUGACGAAGCAUUAAAGCAAAAGGCACUUUUCGACCUGAUCUUAAGCUUCAACCCUGCUCGCACUUUAGUCUUUGUGAACAGCAAGUUGCAAUGUGACUUGGUCGACGAUUUUCUCUUCCACACCGGGAUGCCUUGCACCUCUAUCCACGGUGACCGCACCCAGCGGGAGCGAGAAGACGCUAUUCGUGCGUUCCGGACUGCGAAAAGCCCCAUUAUGCUUGCUACAGGCCUAUCCGCUCGUGGCAUCGAUAUCCCCAACGUGAUGCACGUCAUCAACUACGACCUUCCCAAGGCCUUCCACGGCGGUAUUACCGAAUACAUCCACCGCAUCGGCCGUACUGCCCGCAUCGGCAACGAAGGCAUCGCAACUUCAUUCUACAACGAGCGUGACGAAGAACUCGCUCCCGACCUCGUCAAGGUCCUGCUGGCAGGCAAGCAGGAGAUCCCCGAUUUCCUCGAGCAGUACCGCCCCGAGGGCGACAAGGUGGAGUUCAACGACGAGUCCGACGAGAGCGACGGCGACUCGGCCAAGAAUGGAAGCGGAGGCACCGACGACGAUGCGGCGUGGAACGUGCCGAGUGCCGAGCAUUCCGAAAUCAAAGAAGAUGAGACUACCGGCGACGCUGCAAAUGCAGCUGACGAUGACGCCUGGUAG